AUGGCAAAUCGACAAUUUUUCUUCUUUUUCUUCUUCUUCUUCUUCUUCUUUUUCUUCUUCUUUUUCACAUCGAUUUCGGGUUGCCCGCCCGGAACUGGACCCCUCUCCGCGGCCCCGACGUUCAGCUACAAAGUGCAGCCGCCGGUGCGCUGGACCUACCAAAACGGAGCUGGAGUUGUGGUGUUCCCGGGCCAACCCGUGACUCUCGACGUGGCCAAGGCCAAUUUUGAGGACGAUCUGGAGUUGGCGGUCUACCACGCGCUGACCAAGGAGGGCAUACCCACCGGAUACGCGGAGAAGUUCACGCAUUCCGGAGUAACACCGCCGCUGCUCCCGCUUGUUCCCAUUGACGAGUGUGACCGCGACCUUGUGGACGUCUUGUUGAUCCUUCCCCAUCCCGAUUUUUUGGGAGGGCUAAUUAUGGACAUCUUGCAGGGCGAGGCCGGCGUCGAUGGCAAGACGGUUACCACGGUGUGCAGCACUCAAGCUGCUCUAACGCUAAGUGGAUCGAUUAAGGUGAAUUCCGUGGUAGCGAUGGCCGAGAGUGUCUGGAUCGAGCUUGGGAAAUUGAUCCAAGCCGAACUCGUGAAGAAGGGGGCGCUGUUUGUCGAUGAUUUCGUCGUAAAGCUA